AUCAGCCACAAUAAUCUAAAUGGUAACUUGCCCGAGUGCUUCUCCAACCUCACGUCCCUUGAAAGUUUAGAUCUUUCUUUCAAUCAGCUUUUUGGAAAUAUAUCUGUCCUUGAGAGUCUGACCUCCCUUGAAAGUUUAGAUCUUUCAAACAAUUACUUUCGGAUCCCGAGCUCAUUAGGACCCUUCUUCAACCUUUCAAAACUCAAGUACAUCUCUGCAGAUAAUAAUUCCAUAUAUGCUGAAAUCGAGAUGCAUCCUUUGGCCCCAAAAUUCCAACUGCAUGAGAUCAGUUUAUCUUGUUGUGGAGAUGGUGGAUCAUUUCCUCAAUUCCUCUAUCAUCAACAUGACUUGAGGUAUGUUGAUCUCUCUAACAUCAAGCUGAUAGGAGAAUUCCCAAAUUGGUUGUUGGAAAACAACACAAAAUUAGAAACAGUUGUUCUAGCCAACAACUCUCUUUUAGGACAUUUUCAGCUACCUUUCCUUUCACAUUUGCAUUUAUCACAUCUUGAUAUCUCCAUAAAUUCCUUCUGUGGCAACAUUUCAAUUGACAUUGGAGCAAAACUACCAUCGUUAACGUUUCUGAACAUGUCAAAAAAUUCUUUUGGCGGUAGCAUUCCAGCUUCCGUUGGUGAUAUGAAUUUCCUACAAUACUUGGAUUUGUCUAACAAUAAAUUGGACGGUGGAUUACCUGAACACUUGGCCAUGGGUUGCUCCUCAUUAAGUGCCCUUAUAUUAUCAAACAACAGUUUGCAAGGCCAGAUUUUCUCUGCAAAUUUUAGCUUGACAAACUUGAGAGAGUUGCAAGUGGAUGGGAAUCACUUCUCUGGAAGCAUCCCAGAUUGUUUGUCUAAUUGCUCAGAUUUGUCAAUAUCGGAUGUUAGCAAUAAUCAACUCUUUGAUGAGAUACCAAGAUGGAUGGAGAAUUUGUCAAGUUUGUCUAUAUUAGAUUUAAGCAAUAACACAAUUUUUGGUGGGAUACCGAAGUGGAUGGGGAAUAUGUCAAGUUUGGAAACAAUCGUCAUGGCAAAUGAUCAUCUUGAAGGUCCAAUCCCCAUGGAAUUUUGCCAGCUCAAUCUUAAUCUUAAAUUUCUCGACCUUUCAGUGAACAAUAUAUCGGGGAGUCUGCCAUCUUGCUUCAACCCUUUAAGGAUCAGUCAUGUUCAUUUAUCUAAAAACAAGCUACAAGGGCCGCUAGCAAAUGCAUUUCGUAACAGCUCUAAUUUGGUGAUAUUAGAUCUCAGCAAUAACCACUUAAGUGGAAACAUUCCAAAUUGGAUUGGCAAGCUUUCUCAGUUGAGUUAUCUUCUCCUAAAUAACAACUAUUUUGAAGGUAGGAUUCCACUUCAGUUAUGCAAGUUGAGUCACUUAAGCUUGAUUGAUCUUUCUCAUAAUAAUCUUUUUGGGAUUAUUCCCCCUUGCCUGAAGGUUACAACACUGAACAAUAUAUCCGAAGAUCAUGUCCGUUAUGUCGGUGCUGUUGACGCUAUAGCUCCUAGCUCUUCUUUCUCCGCUGAAGAGCCAAUAGAGUUCACAACAAAAAACAUAUCCUACCCAUACAAGGGAAAAAUCCUUACAUACCUAUCUGGAAUUGAUCUCUCUUACAACAAGUUGACUGGUGAGAUUCCCCAUGACGUCAAAAACUUCCUAAACAUCAUUGUGUUGAACCUAGCUCACAAUAAUUUGACAGGAUCAAUCCCAUUAGAGUUUUCUAAUCUCAGACAAAUUGAGAGUCUAGAUCUUUCUUACAACAACUUGACCGGGAAAAUCCCUCCUCAACUUGCAGAGUUACAUUUCUUGGCAUAUUUCAAUGUGUCGUACAACAACUUGUCUGGAAAGACGCUUGAGACCGGACAAUUUGCAACAUUUGAUGAAAACAGCUACCUGGGAAAUCUUUUUCUUUGUGGCGCAUUAUUGCGAAAUAACUGCUCUGCAAUUGAACGAACAUCAAUUGACAAUAGUGAAGACGAUGGUUCAAUUGACAUGGAUGUCUUUUAUGUGAGUUUCAUUGUGUCUUACAUAAUAGUGCUAUUGGGUAUUGCUGUUGUGCUUUACAUAAAUCCUUAUUGGAGACGAGUAUGGUUCUAUCACAUCGAGAUGGGCAUCACUUCUAGCUACUAUUUUGUAGUAGACAAUCUCCCCGGAGGAUUCCGUUGUUGAAAUAUGCAGCCAAUAGAUUUUCAUUUCCACCAAAAAGCUUCAGCCUUUUACCUUUCCUGAUUCAAAUGCUGAGCAAUAAUGGCCUGCCACCUAACUCUAACUCUCCAAAACGCCAUCUCAACCAG